UUAGUCGUCUACAUGGACGGCUUUUUAUGGUUCCAAUUUUGUAAAGCGCGGUCGUAGCAUAUGCAUAUGCAUAUGCACGUGUUGUUAACUUUAAUUAUUUGCAAUAUUUUUACGUAAAAAUUUACAUAAAGUGUAGAAUUGUGUAAUAUUGUGUGAAAAGUUAUAAAUUUGGAGGUUAUUAUUAUAAGUCAAAAUGAGUACGAUCUUGGAAAAAAUUGCUUCGAUCGAAGCCGAGAUGGCAAGAACUCAGAAAAAUAAAGCAACGUCUGGUCAUUUGGGCUUGUUGAAAGCAAAGUUAGCUAAAUUGAGACGUGAACUUAUAACACCAAAAGGAGGUGGUGGUGGUGGCGAGCAAGGAUUUGAAGUUGCCAAAACUGGAGAUGCUCGGAUAGGUUUUGUCGGUUUUCCUUCUGUUGGUAAAUCGACAUUAUUGAGUACAUUAGCUGGUGUAUACUCCGAAGUUGCAGCAUAUGAGUUUACAACUCUAACUACUGUUCCUGGUUGUAUAAAAUAUAAGGGUGCAAAAAUACAGUUACUGGAUUUACCAGGUAUUAUUGAAGGUGCUAAAGAUGGCAAGGGUCGUGGUAGACAAGUAAUAGCUGUAGCUAGAACUUGCAGUUUAAUUUUUAUUGUCUUGGAUGUGCUUAAACCAUUGGGACACAAGCGUUUGAUCGAACACGAAUUAGAAGGUUUUGGGUUACGACUUAACAAACAACCACCUAAUAUUACUUUUAGAAAAAAAGAAAAGGGUGGCAUCAAUCUUCAAACAACGUGCGCACAGUCAGAACUUGAUUUAGACACAGUCAAGACGAUAUUGGCAGAGUACAGAAUUCAUAAUGCAGAUAUUAAUCUACGAUACGAUGCUACGUCGGACGAUUUGAUUGAUGUCAUCGAAGGAAAUCGUGUUUACGUACCGUGUAUUUAUUUAUUAAACAAAAUCGAUCAAAUUAGUAUAGAAGAAUUGGAUGUUAUAUAUAAAAUACCACAUUGUGUACCUAUCUCUGCUCAUCACAAAUGGAACUUUGAUGAUUUGUUGGAGAAGAUGUGGGAUUAUUUACAACUCGUUAGAAUUUACACCAAACCUAAGGGUCAACUACCAGAUUACAAUUCUCCUGUAGUAUUGAAUACGGAAAGAAGGACGGUCGAAGAUUUCUGCAAUAAACUUCAUAGGUCAAUAGCAAAGGAAUUCAAAUACGCGUUAGUGUGGGGAUCGUCGGUAAAACAUCAGCCACAAAAAGUGGGAAAGGAUCAUAUCUUGAGCGACGAGGAUGUUGUACAAAUAGUAAAAAAAGUGUGACUUUAUUUUGUGCUAUAUAUAUGUGAGUAAAUAUUAAAAAAAUAAUGAUUGAAAAAAAAAAAAAGAAAAGGAGGACAGGCAACUCGCGUAUUAUACUUAACAGCUUGGUAGUAUAAUACUCUUUAAAUUUCAUUUCGUUUUACAAAUAAAAAGUUACUAAAUUAGAAUGUGAUACUAGUUUAUAGUAUCUUUCUAAUUAAACAAAUAAAACACAAAUAUGUACAUAUAGAUACAUAUAUCUUUCAUAAUGAUAGAUGUAUAAGUUGAUGUGGUAAUGUCUAAUUAAAAAAAAAACACACACACACACAGAAAGGAAAAAGAAUAAUAAUAAAAAAUAAAAGAGUAUGAAUAUAAUGAAAAUUGUAGUAUCAGGACAAUACUAUUAAACAAAUUUACGAGGGUAUCCAGUAAUUCGUUAGAAUGAAAAACAAAAAAGGUAAUCCUAAUAUGCGUGAGAUAUAGGAAAAUAACUACCAUUUUCUAAAGUAACAUAAUAAUUUUUUUUCAAUUAAUAAUUAAUAACUAUUGAUAUACUCAUAGAGAGAUAUAUACUGCAAAAUCUAAUACUUGUAAUACGAAAUAUUACUCACAUUGAUAUGGUAAGAUCAUUUCCCAUUAAAUCAACAAUUAUUGUUAGUUCGAUAUAAAGACUGCAUUUAAAAUCAGUUUUAAAUUAUAUUUUUAUCUUACAUUUAUAAAAUUGUGUGGGGCGAGGUGAAAUAAACAGUGACAUUUCAUGCUUGUAAAUGUUAUACAGCAAUGAUAAAAGAUCUUAUACUGAAAUGUAUGUAUGUACGUUUGUAUGAAUGUGUAUAAUUUCUUAUAGUUUUUUUUUCCUUUAAGGGGAAUGGGGGAUAAUUUUUUUUGCCUUUCUUUUUUCUAUUUUUUCUUUAAUGUAGACAUUAGCCCUGUGUGCACGUGAUAAUAAAUUCUACAUUAAACGGCGCUGGAAAAAUG